AUGAGAAAGUUUUCAAUUAUUUCAUUAUUAGUUUUCAUGGCAGUAUUUGCCUUGAUUACAGUAUCUUAUUCAAAAUCUUGGUCUCAUAUUAACUCUUUGGCUGAAUAUACUGAUGGUUCAUCAGAGUGGGUAGCCUUUUUAAAUUGGUAUCCUCUUAAAGUUGUAGACUCAUUAAAUGGGGUAACUGUAAAAUAUACUGAUUUUGAAUCAAAGAAUCUUUCUGGAAAUAUUGAUUUAAAGAAUUUUAUUCAACUUUGUAAUGCCUCAUUAGCUUUUGCAAUUUUGGCAUGGAUUGGAUCGCUUGCAAUGAUUGUAUUAUCUAUAGCCGACAUAAUUGAAAUCAAACUCCCACCAAUUGGUAAAUUUUUAGGUUGGAUUGUAUUCUUGUUUAGUUUGCUAUCCUUCCUAAUUUAUUUAGGUACUCCUGCAGCAAAGAGAAAAGAUUGUGAUAACAAUUUUGAUAAUUGUGAAAGUCUCUAUUUCUACCAAAAAAAAUUCAUCGGUACAUUUACCGGUUAUGUAGAUGAAAGGGUUGUAGAAUUUAAAUAUGGACCAUCAGCCGGUUGGAAUUGUAUAGUCAUUGCUUGUGCAGUUUCUUUAUUAGGUUCUGUAUUUAACCUCUUCUUUUUCAAUCAUCAAAAUGUAUAA